AUGAACAGCCUUCCGCUCCUCGGGAAAUUAUCCGGGACCGUCAUUGUAGGCCCUAACACCGAGAAGCUGGGCCAUAAGUGGACGAUGUUUGUCACAUGCUGUAUCCAAAUCAUUGGUGCUAUCAUUCAAGUAACUAGCCACAAUGUGCCGCAAUUCACGAUUGGGUGUUUCCUUGUUAAUCUUGUUGUAGCCCUGGUCGAGAACGUUGUCCCAACUUACCAGUCAGAGAUCGCACCCGCGCCCCUGCGCGGUUUCUUCGUCGGAUCUAUUCAGCUCUGUCUUUCCUUUGGCUCUCUUAUUGCAGGCGUGGUCAACGAAGCCAUGUCGUCAAAAUUCGAUGACAUGGGCUGGCGGGUAUCCACAGCGUUGCAGGCCUUGCCCGCCGUCGUCAUCAUCUGUCUGUUUUACUUCACUCCUAACUCACCCAGAUGGCUGGUCUUCAAUGACCGCUCUGAUGAAGCCCUCGCGAUACUGAAAAGAGUCCGCGCGAAGAGAGACAGAGAUCUUGGAAUCCCUGAACUCGAGAUUGCCGCUAUGAGAAAAGAUGGCUCCUCUGGGAAAAGGGAGAAGGGGCCCUGGAUUGAUUUAAUCAAAGGUACUAACAGACGACGUCUUGCUAUUGCCUGUGGCAUCAUGUCGUUCCAACAACUUACGGGCGUUACGUUCAGCUCAUCUUACGGGCCUACUUUUUACAAGUCUGUCGGCUUGGGUGCCAAUGCUUUUGUCUAUGCUGUCAUCAACAAUGCCGUGUCGGUUGUGACCGCCUUGAUGGUCAUGAUUCUAAUGGACACGAAGUCAAACCCAACCAUGAGCGACAGCAAUGGUGUCGUCGCAGGCAUGAUUCUCUAUAACGCAAUUCUUUACAUGACUUUGGGCCCCGGAGCGUAUAUCACUGUUGCCGAGAUCGGCACACAAACCCUUCGUGAGAAGACCAUGGCAGUCUCCACCGCGGUAAACGGUGUCGUUGGAUUCGUCGUUGUUUUCGUUACACCGUACCUCCUAACGGAAAUUGGGGCUGGUCUUGGGUAUAUCUGGGGCGGCUUUGCCUUUCUUUGUUCUAUUUGGGUGUGGUUUGUCAUGCCCGAGCUCAAGGGGCGAAGUUUGGAAGAGAUUGAGCAAUUAUUUGAAAAUAAAAUGCCAGCAUGGAGGUUCCAUAAACACGAAACAGAAGGGCUCAGUCACGAUUUGGCCGCUUUAGAAAGUGGAAAGGCUACGGCAAAACAGCUGGAGGAAAUUGAGGUGGCAGCCAAGGUUGACGAUGUUUGA